AUGAGCACCAACUGCGUCGCGGACUGGCAACAUGCGGCCUUUUCCUUCUAUCGCUACACCCCUUCUACCGCCGCGGCCGCUAUAUUCUGCAUUCUUUUCUUCUUGUCCGGCAUACUGCAUUUGUUUCAGAUGUGUAAAACAAGAUGCUGGUACCUAACGCCGUUGGUAAUUGGAUGUUUUUUUGAAUUUAUUGGGUUUAUUGGCCGAGCUGCAUCUGGCGCACAAAAAACAGGCUGUUGGACACUGGGGCCCUACCUCAUUCAGACCAUGUUCAUUUUGCUUGCACCCGCAUUAUUCGCAGCGUCCAUCUAUAUGAUACUCGGCCGAAUCAUUCUUCUUGUCGGUGGGCAAGAGCACGCAAUUAUCCGGCCGCAGUGGCUCACCAAAAUAUUCGUCGUUGGAGACGUCGUUUGCUUCUUGCUUCUGGCUGGAGGUGGGGCUUAUUCUCACAACCCGUCUACCACAGAUACCGGUAACAAUGUCAUCAUUGGCGGCCUUGUUCUCCAACUCCUUUGGUUUGCCAUUUUUGUUACUGUCGCAGCUAUUUUCCACCGCCGAAUGAAAUCAGUUCCGACUAGUCGCUCGCAACAGCCAGAUUGCCGUUGGCAAAGAUACCUCCUAACGUUAUACGUUGCCGGCGGCUUGAUCAUCAUUCGAAACUUAUUCCGUGUUAUCGAAUAUGCUCAAGGGAACGACGGGUACCUACUUACAAAGGAAGCCUUUAUUUACGUCUUCGAUGCUCUGCCAAUGUUGGCCGUCGUGACUUGGCUUCACUGGAUGCAUCCGGGAGAAAUUGGUUUAUUGCUUCGUGGUCAAGAGACAUUCAAGAAUGGAUUUGAAUUGAUUCAUCAUCGCCCCAAGAACUAG